GAAUCUGUCUGUUUGCUUCGACGAUCAUCGGGAGAAAACUUAUUGAUUUGGGAAAUCUUUUUGAAAAAUUGGAAUUUCUUUUUGUAAAUAUUUUGCAAGCAAAAAUUCUAUUCGUGGAUUAUGUGGGGAAUUUUUUCACAAACUUUUUCUGCUGAAAGAACUUUUCCAGUCUCAUGAGUAGAAUCUGCACGGACACAUUUGUAAUAAUUUCAACUAGCCUAAGAAAAAUACUAUUUAGAAAAUUUUCUCUUUUUUCUCUUUUUAUACAGGGGUGAAGGUGGUUGUGGUAAAUCGAGUAUGCUAGCAAAAAUUGCUAGUGAAUCAUGUUCAUGGUACAAUUCUGAUCAACGUGCAAUUUUGCUUGUACGUUUUCUUGGCACAACUCCCGAUAGUUCAUCGAUUAGUCCACUAUUAAAAAGUGUUUGUCUUCAAUUAUGUUAUUUAUAUAACGUACCAGAUGAUACAAUACCCACUGAAUUAUCACAAUUAACAAAUUAUUUUAAACGUUUACUUGAAAAAGCAACAAAUGAUCGACCCUUAUGCAUGUAUUUUGAUUCAUUGGAUCAAUUAUCAGGCGCUGAAGGAGCACAUUCAAUGUCUUGGUUACCACCAACAUUACCAAAUAAUGUCAAAUUAGUUGUCUCAACAUUACCUGGUUAUUUCAAUAUAUUGAAUACAUUAAGAAAUCUUAUUGAUAGUCGAGAAAAUUUUGUUCAAAUUAAACCAUUAGGUGAAGAAUUGGGUACAAUUGUGUUAAAAGGCUGGUUAAAACGUCAAAGUCGUACAAUAUCAGAACAACAAUGGUUACUAGUUAAUGCACGAUUAUCAGAAUGUAGUUUACCAUUAUACGUUAAACUUGUAUUUGAUGAAAUAAAUAGAUGGAAAUCUUAUACAAAAACAGAAGAAGCAGAUUUAGCUAAAACUGUUUCAACAUCUAUUAAUAAAUUGUUAAUUCGUAUUGAAAAUCAACAUGGACACAUAUUGGUUGAACAUGCACUUUCAUAUAUCACAGCAUCAAAAUCAGGAUUAUCCGAAGCUGAAUUAGAAGAUUUAAUUUCAUUGGAUGAAACGGUACUUAAUGAUGUCUAUCAAUAUCAUUUACCACCAAUACGUCGUAUACCACCACUACUCUGGACACGUAUUAGAAAUGAUUUACCAAAUUAUUUGGUUGAAAGAGAAGCUGAAGGUGUUAGUGUUGUCAGUUGGUAUCAUCGACAAUUUGCGGAAGUAUCUCAAGAACGUUAUUUAGCAAAUGAAAAUACACGUCGUAAUUAUCAUUCUCAAAUGGCCGAUUAUUUUUUGGGUAUAUGGGCAAAUCGUCCGAAACCAUUUCAAUUUUCUGAUCAACAAAAACGUAUGUUUAAUUUAUCAUCGACAGCUGGUGAAGCCGAUCGAAAAGUACCAAAUAUGCCCAUUAUAUUUAUUAAUGAUAAUCAAAAAAUUGUUCGAUAUAAUUUACGUAAAAUAUCGGAAUUACCAUUUCAAUUGAUACGUGCUAAUCGUACCGAUGAUUUAUAUUCAUAUGUAUUGUUUAAUUAUGAUUUUAUUCAUGCUAAAUUAAAAUGUAUGCCAUUGAAUUUAAUGAUAUUUGAUUAUGAAAAUGCGUUAGAAUAUUGUUUUGAUAAAGAAGUUAAAUUAGUAAGUGAUUCAUUACGAUUAUCAAGUUCAGUACUAGCCACUGAACCAGAUAAUUUAGCAUGUCAAAUAGUUGGACGUCUAUUCCCGUUUUAUGCUACAUGUCCUAAAAUAGCAUCACUCAUUGAUCAAUGUGAAACAACUGGAUUAAAUGUCAUGGGACUUGUACCAGCAUUUCAUUCACUUGCAUCACCUGGUGGUCCAAUGGUUUAUUCACUAGAAGCACAUCAAUUUGCUGUAUAUGGAUUAGAAAUUGUUUCAGCUGGGCAACAUUUAUUAACAACAUCAAAUAAAUUUAUUGUUUUUGAUUUAUCAAGUGGUGAUAUUGUAAGAAUAAUUGAUCCAAAAAUUGAAGGUAUUAUGACGUGUUUAGCUGUUGCGCCCGAUCAACGAUAUUGUGUUACAACAACAAUUAAUAAUCAAUUAAUAAUUUGUAAUUUAUUAUCGGGUGAUAUUAUAUUAAAAGUUUAUCAACCACAACCACAACCACAACAAGUACAAAAUAAGAAACAGGUAGUACCAACAUCCGUUAUUUCAGAGCCACUCAUUGGUGUAGCUGUUAGUAAUACUCACUUUGCCGUAUGGACAGCUAAAAUGUAUCAAAUAUAUACAAAUAAAGGUGACUUAUUAUCAGCUCAAUCGACCCGUUAUCAAAUAGUUCAAAUUGAAUUAUUACCAGGUCCUGAAUUAGAAUUAGUUUGUCGUUCAGAAGAGGUGAAAGAUGAUCAAGAUGUUGCUCGUGAUCGAAUGAAAAUUGAAUAUUGUUUUGUUCAAAACAGUGAUCAGUCAUUACAGAAUCAAGAAACAUGUUUAACUGGUGGUACAAAACAUUUUCAUAGUGCAUUAGCUAUAACACGUGAUAAACGUCGAAUGUAUACAUGUAGUGAGAUAAACGAUAAUAAUAUUGAAUUAUAUUUAAAUAAACCACAUCCAACAAAUUAUACAACCGAGAGAAUAUGGGCAUAUGAACAUCAAUUAUUUGAUAAUAAGGAUAGAGUAUUUUCUAUAAUAUUAAGUAAUGAUGAAAAUUAUCUAAUGGCUGUAACAUUUAAAUCAUUUAAAAUAUUCUCAUUUCGUUCUUAUUUAUGGAAAGUAUGUUAUUUACCUGGAAGUGUUCGUAAUAUUAUGAGUGGUACAAAAAAAUUAACUCAUACUGCAUGUUUUUCACAUGAUAAUAAAUAUUGUAUAGCAGCUGUUAAAUCAACAGUAUAUAUGUAUGAAAUAGAAUAUGGUGAAUUAUUAGCAUCAUUUGAUUCACAUUUUGGACGAAUACUUGUACUUAAAGGUUUAUCAACGGGUAGUGGUGGAAAUAAUUUUGUUAUCACAACCGGCAUGGAUAAAACUACAAAAGUAUGGAAUUUAGAAAAUGCUCAAGAAAAAUCUUUUAAUACUGUACAAUUAGAUAAAGCAGUUGAAAUGAUUCAUAUAUCAUCGGACACAAAAUCAAUAUUAGCUCAAACACGUACACAAUUAUGUCUAUUCGAUAUGCAAACAGGACUAUUACAAGGACAAUUAUGUAAUAAUCCUCAUGGUGCCAUUUUUCAAUGUACAGCAAUGUGUACAAAUGGUUUAUAUGCGGCUAGUGCUGAAAGUGGUAAUCUUGUUCUAUGGGAUUUAGAAGAGAAACAGACAACAUUUGUUGUACCACAUAAAAAUAUAUUUCAACUAUUGUUACAUUCAGCAGAAACAAUGGUACUUGUUGUGAGUAGUGAACCAACAACAACUGUUCCAAGUGGUUCGGCUGCCGGAUCACGAGCGCCUAUUCCUGGUCAAGCAUGUCGUGCUGUAUCCUACGCAUUUCCUGAUGGUGAAAUUGUACAUGAAAUUAAUUUCAUUGUCAAACGUAUGGGAGAUCCAAAACGUGCUGUAUGUACUGCUGAUGAUACGUAUAUUGUGUUUAUUGAAGAAAAGAAAAAUAAUGAUGUUCUCUCAUUGUAUGAUCCCAUGACUGGUGAACAUGUUCAUAAUGUUAAACUAAAUUAUCCUGCUUAUAAAGAUAUUCAACGAAUGGUAACAAUACCAAAACAACCGUAUCUAAUUGGAUUAAUUGAUGUUGAAAAAGGAAUUGUGAUGAAUGUAAGAGAUAAAAAAGUACAUUUAACAUUACCAAAAUGGAGUGGACAAAUAUCGACUGAUGGUAAAUAUGGUUUAUAUGCACCUCAGCGUGGUGGUUUAGAAAUAUUUGAAUUUCGUAAUGGAAAGCUAGUAUUCACUCUUAUUGGAAAGGUGGCCGAAGGUGUAUUUGAUAAUAUUACGUUUUUUACAUCGACAAAUCAACAUGUUGUUUAUUAUAAUAAGGGAAAACGGACGAUAAGAGUAUUUCGAACAGAUGGAAUACAAAUAGCUGAUAUGAAAUGUCAAUCGAAAGUACGGGCACUCGUUAAUACACAAGAUGGACAUGGACUAGUAGUCGGUUAUGAAGAUGGUGCGGUGCAAAUGUUCUUGAUUGUUGAUCGAUAUCAGAAAGAAAGUUGUGAUUAUUUGAAAAGAUGGAGAAAAAUACAACGAGAUAUUACUGUAGACGAUACACUAGAUAGUAGCAAUACAGCGGUAUAA